GAAACAAACCCUCACUUCCUUUGGCGGCUCUUCAUUUUUUCGAACCCCAAACCCUAGUUCUGUUUGGAUUUCAUCUAUAAUAAUUACACUCUCAUUCUGUUUCAAGCCUAUUAUUGUUCAUGUGGGUAAUUUUUUUUUGGGUUUGAAAGAAAUCAAAUAAGAGAAAGUGGGUUGUAACAAACAAGGUGAAGAAAGAAAGGAGGAGAAAAGAAGAAAAUGGAGGAUUCCUUAGAAAAAAAAUGGAAGCAGCGAGAGUUCACUUUAGCAUCAGUUUCCGACUUAUCUGCCGUUACUCCUUCCGCUUUGCCGGGAACAGCUCGCUUCGACUCCGACGGUCUCCAAAUUCAUCAGCAAUCUCAUCAGAUUCCACUCAAUAUCGAUCCUCGAACUGUUCAGCUAUUCAGGCUGAGUCCUGUUCACUCCGUUUGCAUGGUGGAAGGAUCUGAUGCGGGUAAAAAGGCAUCUUAUUCCAGGGGAGUCAAUAUCCAGUUUAGAAACGAGGAGGAGAGUGAAGCGUUCCAUUGUGUAGUCCAACAAUGGAAGAAGGAAAUCAAUGCUCAAGGAGCAAAUGGGCGAAAUCAAUCAAAUAUAACUUCUAAAAGCAAAUUUGAUGAAAAGAUAGAGUCAUCAUCUGCCAAAAUGUAUUUUCAUUACUACGGACAACUUUUGCAUCAGCAAAAUAUGUUACAAGACUAUGUGCGGACAGGAACCUAUCAUGCUGCUGUUAUUGAGAACCGGUCUGAUUUCACUGGUCGUGUUGUAGUUGAUGUGGGUGCUGGUAGUGGUAUUUUAUCACUAUUUGCUGCUCAGGCUGGUGCAAAACACGUUUAUGCUGUGGAAGCAUCUGAAAUGGCAGAAUAUGCACGGAAACUUAUAGCUGGAAACCCAAUGCUAGCUCAACGAAUUACAGUGAUCAAAGGCAAAGUUGAGGAUGUUGAAUUGCCAGAGAAAGCAGAUAUUCUGAUAUCUGAGCCCAUGGGAACCUUGUUAAUCAAUGAAAGAAUGUUGGAGUCUUAUGUCAUUGCCAGAGAUAGGUUUCUUGUUCCUACGGGGAAAAUGUUUCCAGCUCUGGGAAGGAUUCACAUGGCACCUUUCACUGAUGAAUAUUUGUUUAUAGAAAUUGCUAAUAAGGCACUGUUUUGGCAGCAACAGAACUAUUAUGGUGUUGAUUUAACACCCCUACAUGGGACUGCAUUUCAAGGAUACUUUUCUCAGCCUGUGGUGGAUGCUUUUGAUCCAAGACUGUUAAUAGCUCCUUCAAUAUCCCAUGUGAUAGACUUCACCAAAAUAAAGGAGGAAGAACUGUAUGAAAUUGAUAUUCCUCUGAGAUUCAUAGCUUCCGUGGGAACCAGAGUGCAUGGCUUAGCUUGUUGGUUUGAUGUGCUUUUCAAUGGAAGUACUGUGCAAAGGUGGCUCACCACUGCUCCUGGGUCACCGACAACCCAUUGGUACCAGUUGCGUUGUGUUCUCUCACAGCCAAUAUACGUCAUGGCUGGACAAGAAAUUACUGGCAGGCUUCACUUGAUUGCCCACAAUGCACAGAGUUAUACAAUUUAUUUAACAUUGUCAGCUAAAAUGUGGGGUCCUGGUGCUGAACAAGGGGGAAUUCUCCAAACAUCUUCCUGUAAACUUGAUCUGAAAGAACCCUAUUAUAGAAUGUCUCAACCACAGGCUUAUGCAUUAGCUCAAGAUCAACAACCUCAACCACUUAUACCAACGCAGGAUUUAGAUGAACCUGAAUUUGUACAACAGCCUUCGCCUAAUUCAUGUGUCCAGAUUGAUCCACUGAUGCAGAAUAUUUAACUUGACAAAUCCUAACCCAAAUUUCUAUUUAUGAGUUUGCCAUGAUGUAACAUGUUGGGGCCAUUUGUCUGUAUUUAGACAUUUCCCUUUCCUGUAAAUUUCAUUGUGUUCAAUCUAUUGUGGGUGAUUGUCACCCUCACAAAUGUAUCAAAUCUCAUGUCAUGCCUCACAAACUAGGGAAUUUAACCAGCUGGUUCAGUUAAA